GUGGUCACUAAUGCUUCAAUGAAGCUCUCCAGUCCACACAAACACACCAGGCUCUCUAAUUUACACCCAAAAAAUAUAUCAUUUUUCAUUUUUUUUAAAAAACCCAGUAGAGCUUUACCAAUCACAAGUCAUAAACAACGAAAAGAAACCCCCAUUCUCCCAUUAUCUGUAAGAGAAGAGAAGCUUUUGAAUAAGUCUUCAAUGGCUGCUUCUACUUCGGUUUCAGUAGCUGGGUUUAAGGGAAGUUUAGGGAAGAGUUCCUUCAAUGGAGGUGAAGAUUAUGCCAUGUUGGCGGCUAAAUCGGCUCCCAACGUCGUUCGAAUCGGAAAGCCAGUUCGAGCUCAGCCGAUGAUGAAGAACGUUAAUGAAGGGAAAGGGGUGUUUGCGCCGCUUGUGGUGGUUACUCGCCAAAUCGUGGGCAAAAAGAGGUUCAAUCAGCUUAGAGGAAAAGCUAUUGCCUUACAUUCUCAGGUAAUAAACGAAUUUUGCAAAGCAAUAGGGGCAGAUGGUAAACAAAGGCAAGGAUUGAUUCGUUUGGCAAAGAAGAAUGGUGAGAAGCUUGGAUUCCUUGCCUGAUUUAUGGCCUUACACGUGUACUUUCGUUUUUGUCUUUAUUUAUUACAAAAUGUUCCAUGUUUAUGUAGUUUCAUGUCCAACAAGAACAUACUUCAGUUUUAUUUUGUAUUAUUUAUAUAAUAAUUUUUCAGACAAUUGAAAA